AUGGAUGCUAAAGGUCCAACAAUGGUAGUCAUCAAACCAGCUCUCAUCGAUGGAUGUAAUCCCAUAGAUUGGCGCGACAAUAGUGGAUAUCAGAGUAUGAUGGACGGUUUCUGGCUGAUAAUGAUGGAAUUGGCAAGAGAACAAGCGUUGUUGCGUAAUCCGACACUCGAAACCAUGUUCCCAGUAACAACGCAAUCACAACGACAACGGAGUCAAUCCAAUAAGCCUCAUCCAACUCAGAUCACCGUUAUCUAUGCCGACCUCGACAACUCGCACGAAAAAGUCAUUGUAUAUCUAGCAGACGGUGCUCAAAUAGACUUUCCUGUCCCUUCUGCACAAGACAUACGCGACCGGUUUUUUUAUCGAAAAGCCAAAUCAUCGGAAAAACCGGCUCGCCCACCAAACAAAUUCUUCAUCUUCCGCACAAUGCUACAGGGUAGCAUCGACGCCUUAAAAUUACAAGUUCCAAUUGCCUCUGGACUGGCCAGUGAGGUAUGGAAAAAGUAG